AGUUCAUGCAGAUAAGGUGAUGCUUUGUUUCAAACGGCAGGAUACACCACACAGGAAAAAUGAAAAACAGCUGCCUCUGCUAACGUGAGAAACCCGCUGGCUCGGCAGGUUAAAUAAAAUGACAAGCUCCAGUCUCUCUGCUCUCUUCGUAACCAUCUGGUUCACAGGUCUUGUCUCUGGAGAUGCAUCUUGGAACAUAUCUGUGUGGCAAACACCUGAGAUGACAACAAAGGAAGGCAAAAGUGUCAGCAUCAGCUGUCAUAUUAAAGCUGAUUCACACGUGAAAAGAAUCAUGGUUAAGUGGAUGCAAGAUAAUCAAACUGUAGUCAAGAGUGAAACGAUUAAUUCUGUCGAUCUACCUUCUGUAAAUGGAUCUGUGUUUAUCAACGCAAUGCUGCACCUGCAGUCAGUACGUCUAAAUUAUAGUGGCAUGUAUUACUGUACAGCACUUAUGGAUUUACCUCAACUUGGAACUGUUGAAUAUGGAAAGGGAACACAUGUAUAUGUGGUGCCUAAUACACCUGUUACACCAAAGCCCUACAUUAUGGACACAGUGACGUGGUCAGUGCUUUUAGGCUUGGGUUUUGUUUUGCCGAUCAUCUGCAUUGCCUGUGUUAUUCACAAACAUUCUAAAGGGCACAAGCGAAUAGGAACUAGAGCAAAAGAAGCCCUGGUUAAUGCUACCCGUGGAUCACAGUGCCCAGACACUUGUGAAACAACUGUUGUUUAUGCAGCAAUAAACAUUCCUCGAGACAGUGUGAAAUCAAGAAAUGAGAACUGUCCAGCUCCGACACUCACUUCAGUGACCUGCACCGAGGAAUCAGUGACAUACUCUGAGGUCCACAUAAAGAAAGGACUAAAGGAUAAAGGUUAAGCAUCAUUUGCCUAAAUUUUAUUCACACUAUAAUCUCUUUUGCCUUGCAUAUGAGGCAGGGUGCAUGUCAUUGACAGUCUUAGUCGCACUUCAAGCUUCUGGUUCUUUUCGGCCCAAGUUUGUGAGGGUAUUUCUGUAAAUAUUUUUAGAUAGUUUCCAAUUUUCUGUUUCUCUUCAUGUAAUACUCAUGAAGACUGGAUUGUUAAAUGUAGUCGGCUCACAUUUGAAUCGAUAUUAAGCUGUAUUGUGCUCACAAUGCAUGUAUAUUUAAAAUAAACAUUAUAAAAACAUUCAUUCCUCUGAGAAAAAAGAUUGAAAGAUUUUUUCUUGUGUC